CGCAACGACAGCCUCCAAGAUGUCGCUCGAGGAGAGAUUGACCAAAAUCCGGGCGAGCCCGAAGCUGCAGAGCGUGCAGCAGUCCCAAGUGGUGCUUGCCGCCAUCGAGGAUACGCUCCGCCAGCAAAACUCAGAAUUCACGCCGACCGCGUACUUCGCCGCCCUGCUCUCGCUGCUCGGCCGCCAGAUCACCGACCAGGGCCUCGCCAACAAGGAAACUGCGACCGCCGUAGUGUACCUGCUCGACCUCGUUACCCCACACGUCCCCGCCCCGCUGCUACGCUCCAAGUUCACAGAGAUCAUCACGAGCCUUGCGCCGGCCCUCACACACCAAGACGCCGACGCGCCGUUCCUGCGCUCGUCGAUAGGAUGUCUCGAGUCGCUGCUCGUCGUGCAGGACGCGCAGGCCUGGGAGCUGCCGCAGACGACCAUCAGCCCGCGCCGCGCCGUCGCCGGCCUGCUGCAGAUUUCCGUCGACCACCGGCCCAAGGUCCGCAAGCGGGCGCAGGAGGCCCUGGCAAAGGUCCUGGCUAACCCGCCGCCCAGCCCGUCGCUCGACCACCCCGCGGCGGAUAUGUGCGCCGAGACGGCGCUGAAGGUGCUCAACGAUAUUGCUGUCUUGGCUGCGAAGAUGAAGAAGGGCAAGGCCGGCAAGAACGCGGAGAGCAAGGACCCGGAUCUCAUUCACGCGCUGCAGCUCAUCAAGACGAUUGCCACUGCGUCGGGUGGCUGGCCGAGCCGCAAGAUGGACGUGCUCUGCGAGUUGCUGCUGAACAUCUCCAAGUCGACCAACGAGUUCCUGACUAUGGCGGCGUUCGAGAUCUUCGAGGUCAUUUUCGCCGGCAUGGCUGCCGACGAGGUUGCAUCUGCGAAACUCCCCCGCCUGCUGGAGGUCAUCUCCGAGCUGCAGCCGUCGAAGAACGACUCGCAGCUGCUGCCGCCCUGGAUUGCCGUUAUAUCGCGCGGCUACGAGGUCGCCGCCCAGCUCGAGCCCGAGGACACGUUCGCGAAGCUCCCGGAGCUGUUCACCAUGGUGUCUGAGUUCUUGGUUUCGUCGUCGCACAAUAUUCGCGUUUCGGCGUCCGAGUGCCUGAUCUCAUUCCUCGUCAAUCUGAUCCCCGACAGCGUUAUUCUGGAGCCGUCUAUCUACGACGAGAAGACUCUGGAAAAGGUCGCAAAGAUCGCUCAGAAUUUGCUGACUGUUAAGUUCCAGUCUGCGUGGAUGGAGGUUUUCAACAUGCUGUCCGCUAUGUUCGAGACGCUCAGAUGGCGAUCAGAGCCCAUUCUGAGGCCUGUUCUGAGGGUCGUUGGCGAUCUAAGGAGCAACGAGACUUUCUCCGGAAAGAAGGAGGCCGACGCCGUCAUCUCGAGGGCGAUUGCUUCCAUGGGCCCCGACGCCGUGCUUGAGGUUCUCCCCUUGAACCUUCCGCGACCCCCGCCGGGCCAGACUGGUCGUGUCUGGAUGCUGCCGCUUCUCCGCGACGCCGUGCACAACACCAAGCUUGCGCAUUUCCGAUCCGUGAUGGUCCCGCUCAGUGAGCAGCUGUUCCAGAGGGUUAUCGAACACGGACAGAGAGAGAAGACGAUGGAGAUCAAGGUGUUCGAGACAGUCGUACAGCAGAUCUGGUCGAUUCUCCCGGGCUACUGCGAUCUGCCGCUGGACUUGAGCGAGGCUUUCGAUCAGUCGUUCUGCGAAAUGCUGGCCAACCUGCUCUACGGACAGGCCGACCUGCGCACAGACAUCUGCAAGGCGCUGCAGAACCUCGUUGACAGCAACAAGACGAUUGUGGAGCUGGACGGCGACGACGAUCUUGUCAAGCAGCUUCGCGUAUCCAAGGCCGACGCGCAGAAGAACCUUGAGCAUUUGGCUAGCUUUGCAAGCAACAUGCUCGCAGUUCUGUUCAACGUCUACAGCCAGACACUGCCGCAAUACCGCGGCACCAUCCUUAAGGCUAUCAAUGCUUUCUUGAGCAUCAUUCCCGAGAAAGAGCUGAUUGAGACUUUCGAGCGCGUAGCCUCGAACCUCGAGCAGGCCAUUCCCGAAGCCGGCCCCCAGACACAGGCCGAUAAGCAGAAGCAGGGCAAGGGCGCGAACAAGAUGCCGCCCAUGAGCCACACGCUGAUGGACCUGAUCAUCACAAUCGCCCUCUACCUGCCCAGAGACAGCUACGGCUCGCUCUUCCGCAUGUCUGAGAUCAUGAUCAACAAGGACGACGACCCCCAGCUCCAGAAGAAGGCCUACAAGCUGAUUCCUCGCCUCUCGGAGUCCGAGGUCGGCAAGUCGGCCCUGCAGGCACGCAACGGCGAGCUGCAGCAGUUGCUGCUGCAGAGCUCUGAGAAGGUCACAGGCCCCGCGCGCCGCGACCGACUGCUUGCGAUGUCGCAGGUCAUCGAGUACCUGCCGCAGACCGAUCUGCACUUCAUCCCUUCGGUUCUGUCUGAGGUCGUUAUCUCCGCUAAGGAGACUAACGAGAAGGCACGCGAGGCUGCGUACAACCUGCUUGUAGCUAUGGGCGAGAAGAUGGCCGAAGGCGGCCAGGUCGUGCAGACUAAAGUGCCCAACAUGCCUGCGGAUGCGCCCACUGUUGAGGCCUCGCUUGAGGAGUACUUCACGAUGGUCUCGGCUGGUCUGGCUGCUACAACACCUCACAUGAUCUCUGCAUCCAUCACCGCCGUCACUCGCAUCUUGUUUCAGUUCCACGACAGAAUCUCGGACGAGACAAUCACAAACCUGCUCGAGCUUAUGGACAUCUUCCUUCAAAACCCCAACAGGGAGAUCGUUCAGAGUGUGCUCGGCUUCGUCAAGGUCGAGGUCCUUACGCUCCCCGCGCCCCUUGUCCGCCCCCGUCUGCAGAACCUGUUGAAGAACCUGAUGGUCUGGAGUCACGAGCACAAGGCGCAUUUCAAGGCAAAGGUGAAGCACAUUGUCGAGCGUUUGGUGCGAAAAUUCGGUGCUGAAGAGGUUGAGCGCGCUUGUCCUCCCGAAGACCGCAAGCUCAUUGUCAACAUCCGUAAGACACGCGAGCAGCGCAAGAAGAAGAAGCUGCAAGCCGAAGAAGACGGCGAGAACGCUGCCGAGAAGCCCAAGGGCAAGUUCGAAAGCGAGUAUGAUCAGGCUGUGUAUGGAAGUGACAGCGAGGGCAGUGAAGAGGGCGACUCCGAGGACGAGUUCGUCAAGACACAGGGCAAGCAGCGCGCCGGCAAGCCCAAGACGUACAUCGUCGAAGACGAAGACGAGCCGCUCGACCUCCUCUCCAAGAAAGCCCUCGGCAACAUCUCCUCCACCAAGCCGCUGCGCCAGCGCCAACAACCCGCCAAGCGCACCGCGGCCCGCACCAACGAAGACGGCAAGCUCGUCCUCGGCGACUCCGACACCGACACCGCCGUCAAGUUCAAGAAGCCCAGCAAGAACGACGCCGACGUCGACAUGGACGUCGACAUCGACGACUCCGCCCUCGGCCUCGAAGCCGGCAUCAACGCCUACGUUGACGCCAUCCGCGGCCGCGACGCCGCCCAGCGCGGUCAGCGCAACAAACUCAAGUUCAGCAACAAACGCACCAAGGACGACGACGACAUGGACAUGGAAGACGACGGCGCCGAUGUCGAUCGCAAAGCCAAGUCUGGGUCCGGCAUGGGCCGCGGCGGCGCACACACGCAGCGCAGGCCGCUGGGCGCGGAGAAGCAGCGUGGGCCGAGCGGGCGCGUGGAGAAGGGGAAAAGUCCGAGGGGUAGGGGCGGGUUUGGGCGGGGAGGGGGAGGGGGGGGCAGGGGCGGUGGCGGGAGGGGCAGGGGUGGUGGUGGUAGGAGGUGA